AUGCCUGCGCUCGCCGUCGACGCCGCAACACCCGUGGCGCACGCCUUCGCAUCCUGCGACGCGGCGGCGCGCUUCCCUGCCCCGCCCGUGGUGGGCCCCGCCGCUGCCACCGCGGCCGACACCGCCCCCUGGUCGGCCGACCUCUCCGCGGCGCUCUACAACGUGGACGGCUGGGGCGCGCCCUACUUCUUCGUCAACGACGACGGCGACGUGGCCGUGCGCCCGCACGGCGCCGCGACGCUCCCGGGCCAGGAGAUCGACCUGGCCAAGGUCGUGGCCAAGGCCGCGGGCCCGCGCGCCGGCGGCGGGCUCGGCCUGCCGCUGCCCCUGCUCGUGCGCUUCCCCGACGUCCUGCGCCACCGCGUCGAGACCCUCAACGCCGCCUUCGGCUACGCCGUCCGCUCCACCGGCUACGGCUCCAGGUACCAGGGCGUGUACCCGGUCAAGUGCAACCAGGACAGGUACGUCGUCGAGGACAUUGUCGAGUUCGGCGCGCCCUUUGGGUUCGGCCUCGAGGCCGGCUCCAAGCCCGAGCUGCUGCUCGCCAUGAGCUGCCUCGCCGCGCGCGGCAACCCGGACGCGCUGCUCAUCUGCAAUGGCUACAAGGACGACGGCUACGUCUCGCUCGCGCUCAUGGCGCGCUCCAUGGGCCUCAACACCGUCAUCGUGCUCGAGCAGGAGGAGGAGCUCGACAUUGUCGUCGACGCCAGCCGCCGCCUCGGCUUGCGCCCCGUCGUCGGCAUGCGCGCCAAGCUGCGCACCAAGCACGCCGGCCACUUCGGCUCCACGUCCGGGGAGAAGGGCAAGUUCGGCCUCAACGCCACGCAGAUACUGUCCGUUCUCACCAAGCUCAAGGCCAUUGCUAUGCUCGACUGCCUCCAGCUGCUGCACUUCCACAUUGGCUCCCAGAUCCCGACCACCGACCUGCUCUCCGACGGCGUCGGCGAGGCCGCGCAGAUCUACUGCGAGCUCGCCCGCCUCGGCGCCGACAUGCGCGUCAUCGACGUCGGCGGCGGCCUCGGCAUUGACUACGACGGAACCCACUCGGCGCAGACCGACAUGUCGGUGGCGUACAGCCUGGAGGAGUACGCGGCGGCCGUGGUGGGCGCCGUCGGCCGCGUCUGUGACCGCAAGGGGGUGCAGCACCCCAUCAUCUGCAGCGAGAGCGGCCGCGCGCUGGUGUCGCACCACUCGGUCCUGGUGUUCGAGGCCUUCUCGGCUACGGCGCCCGGCCGCCUGGACGCGGCCACGGCCUACCUCCUCGACGAGCUCACCGACGAUUGCCGCGCCGACUACCGCAACGUCAUGGCCGCUGCCGUGCGCGGUGACUACGACACCUGCGCCCUGUACGCCGAUCAGCUGAAGCGGCGCUCCGCCGAGCAGUUCAAGGAGGGUGUUCUUGGCCUGGAGCACCUCGCCGCGGUGGACGCCUUCUGCGAGCUCGUCGCCCGCGGCAUGGGCGCGCCCGAGCCGCCGCGCACCUACCACAUCAACCUGUCCGUGUUCACCUCCCUGCCGGACAUGUGGGCCAUCGGGCAGCAGUUCCCCAUCAUCCCGAUCCAGCGCCUGCAGGAGCGGCCCGCCGUCGACGGCGUGCUCUCGGACCUCACCUGCGACAGCGACGGCAAGGUGAGCGAGUUCAUCGGCGGGAGGCACAGCCUGCCGCUGCACGAGCUCCCCACCCACGCCACCCGGGGCUACUACCUGGGCAUGUUCCUCGGGGGCGCCUACCAGGAGGCCCUCGGCGGGCUGCACAACCUCUUCGGCGGGCCCAGCGUGGUGCGCGUGUCGCAGUGCGAUGGCCCCCACUGCUUCGCGGUGACGCGCGCGGCCGCGGGCCCGUCCUGCGCCGACGUGCUCCGCGCGAUGCAGCACGAGCCCGAGGUGAUGUACGAGGUGCUGAAACAGAGGACCGACGGCGCCACGGCCGCCGCCCUCGCCAGAGCCUUCGGCGCAAUGCCGUACCUGGUGUUCGACCCGGAGGCCGCGGUGUUGUCCAGCGGCGAGAGCAGCGGCAUGAGCAGCGACUCGGAAGGGUCGGCCGCCGGCGCCGCCGAGGAUGAAGACGAUGAGGAGUGGGAGUUCAUGCGCGGGCUCACCGUCUGA